AACCGCGCGCUGCAAACUUAUUUUUUACGCGUUGGGUCGCUGUUGAAGAUGCUCUGAUGAUGGUGCGACGCGUGAGCGUGGUCGGUCACCGAUACCCGCGUGGGGGCUUCCCGGGGAAUUUCCGGGAAGCCGCCGCCGUCUCCCCGCAAACCGCGGCCACGAAGCGGAUUGGCCAACCAACUGACGGACGCUACCUCUCCUCCUCACUCUCGCGGGCGACUUGUGGCGGCGGCUGGCGAGCCAGAGCGUCGUGUCGUCGGCAGCAGAGAAGUUUCAGGGCAACAGGGAGCAGAAGACAGGAGGAGCCAUCCAUUUAGCCUGAGUCUCGCGGUUGCCAUGGCUCUGUGGACUGGGCUGGGUCAGGCGGCGACGGUGGCGCAGCUGGUGGGCGCGGACGUCGGCGGGCUCAUCUCCAUGAUUGUGCAGGCCGCGAUGACGGCUCGGCAGAACAGGAGUGAGUGCGAGCAGCUUGCUCGUCGUGUCCUCAUGAUCGCGCAGCUGCUGCCGCACGUGCAGGAGCCGGAGGCGGCUCAGCCGCUAGCCGGGCUGGGCGACACGCUCCGGGACGCCCACGAGCUCGUCGUGUCCUGCCAGGGGAGGAGCGCAGCGUACCAGUUCGUCAUGGCCGGCAGGACGGCCGAAAGGUUCAGGGAGGUGCAGGGCAAGAUCGACUCCUACCUCAUCCUCUUCCCAGUGAUCAGCCACAUCGGCAUCACACGCCGCCUCCAACGGAUCUACAACGUCCUUGUGCCAGAUGACUCAACUAGAGAUGAACCGCCGUCUCUACUUCCACAGUCGUUGCAGCUGCAGGAGUCUACAGAGCUUGCUCGGGAGGUACUGCCGCACGGAAUUCAGGAAUUCACGUUGCCGGAGAUCAUGGCUGCCACCAAUAGCUUCGCCCCUAACACCGUGAUCGGUGAGGGCGGCUCCGGAAAGGUGUACAUGGGCAGGCUGUACGAUGGACGAAAGGUGGCCAUCAAGCGCUUCAAUAACGAUGACUACCAGGUAGAGGACUUCAACUCAGAGCUCGACAUCCUAUCACGGCUCCGACACAAACACAUCAUCUGCAUCCUUGGAUCAUGUCUGAGUGUGAGCAAGGACAAGCGCCUGUUAGUCACUCUGCAAAAGAAAAAAAGGGACCUGCUAACCAGGUGGAGAAAGGAGCAGCAAGUGCCAGAAGAGCAGGAAGGGCCAGAACAGCGGGAGAGGCUAAUCGUCUACGAGUACAUGGAGAACGGCACGCUCUCCAACCACCUGCAUCCUGAUCCAGGGGACUCCACCUUGUCGCCGGUGACGGCGUCCUGGAAGAUGCGCAUGGAUGUGCUCCUGGGUGUGUCCCGUGCCAUCGAGCACCUGCACUGUCAUGCCAACCCACCGAUCAUCCACCGGGACAUCAAAUCAGCUAACAUCCUUUUUGAUGCCAAUUGGGUGCCGCGUUUGUCCGACUUCGGCAUUUCGGUCCUCUGGGACAUGUUGACUGAGGAAUGCUUUGAGGAGCCCGGCUUUGCAGGCACAUCGGGGUACCUCGACCCUGAGUAUUUGCACACAUUUCGUGUGAAGCCGGCGAGCGAUGUGUACAGCCUGGGCGUGGUCAUACACGAGGUUUUGACAGGGAAAAGGCCGUAUUCCCGAGGAGAGGAGGAGAUGUAUAGAGAUAUGGUAUCCUUUGCACUACCCAUCAUCGAGGCUGGUAAUAUUGAGGACUUGUUGGACAGGCGACCUUUACCGGAGCCAACGCCAUGGCAGCUACAUGCGUUGAAACGUGUAGCGCAGAUUGCACGUUGCUGCGUAAGGUUGGCUGGGAAGGACCGGCCGGCCAUAUCAGACAUUGUUGCCAACCUCGAGAUGGCGCACGAGUUGAUCUGCAGGGACGAGCCAGGUUUAGUUGACGAGCCAUGUCUGUGGCCCUUUCUCAAAAAUGUUGAAGACUCACCGGACUCGCCACAUGCCAGCAACGUGUCAUCGAACUCGCCAGACUCGCCACGCCGCCUCCAACGGAUCUACAACGUCCUUGUGCCAGAUGACUCAACUAGAGAUGAACCGGCGUCUCCACUUCCACAGUCGUUGCAGCUGCAGGAGUCUACAGAGCUUGCUCAGGAGGUACUGCCGCACGGAAUUCAGGAAUUCACGUUGCCGGAGAUCAUGGCUGCCACCAAUAGCUUCGCCCCUAACACCGUGAUCGGUGAGGGCGGCUCCGGAAAGGUGUACAUGGGCAGGCUCUAUGAUGGACGAGAGGUGGCCAUCAAGCGCUUCAAUAACGAUGACUACCAGGUAGAGGACUUCAACUCAGAGCUCGACAUCCUAUCACGGCUCCGACACAAACACAUCAUCUGCAUCCUUGGAUCGUGUCUGAGUGUGAGCAAGGACAAGCGCCUGUUAGUCACUCUGCAAAAGAAAAAAAGGGACCUGCUAACCAGGUGGAGAAAGGAGCAGCAAGUGCCAGAAGAGCAGGAAGGGCCAGAACAGCGGGAGAGGCUAAUCGUCUACGAGUACAUGGAGAACGGCACGCUCUCCAACCACCUGCAUCCUGAUCCAGGGGACUCCACCUUGUCGCCGGUGACGGCGUCCUGGAAGAUGCGCAUGGAUGUGCUCCUGGGUGUGUCCCGUGCCAUCGAGCACCUGCACUGUCAUGCCAACCCACCGAUCAUCCACCGGGACAUCAAAUCAGCUAACAUCCUUUUUGAUGCCAAUUGGGUGCCGCGUUUGUCCGACUUCGGCAUUUCGGUCCUCUGGGACAUGGCGACUGAGGAAUGCUUUGAGGAGCCCGGCUUUGCAGGCACAUUGGGGUACCUCGACCCUGAGUAUUUGCACACAUUUCGUGUGAUGCCGGCGAGCGAUGUGUACAGCCUGGGCGUGGUCAUACUCGAGGUUUUGACAGGGAAAAGGCUGUAUUCCCGAGGAGAGGAGGAGAUGUAUAGAGAUAUGGUAUCCUUUGCACUACCCAUCAUCGAGGCUGGUAAUAUUGAGGACUUGUUGGACAGGCGACCUUUAACGGAGCCAACGCCGUGGCAGCUACAUGCGUUGAAACGUGUGGCGCAGAUUGCACGUUGCUGCGUGAGGCUGGCUGGGAAGGACCGGCCGGCCAUAUCAGACAUUGUUGCCAACCUCGAGAUGGCGCACGAGUUGAUCUGCAGGCACGAGCCAGGUUUAGUUGACGAGCCAUGUCUGUGGCCCUUUCUCAAAAAUGUUGAAGACUGACCGGACUCGCCACAUGGCAGUAGCGUGUCAUCGACAUGCUACUAUUCCAAUCUGGAACCUGACGUGUUGGAAAAUGGACCAUGACACCAAUGGCCCAAGGUAGGUGAUGAGUGGCCGUCAAUCGCUUCAAUCACCCCGAUGAACAUCGUGUUACCAUGCUUAGGUAACGCCCCGCUUCUUGUAAUAUAGAUGAGCUUGCUGGAGCCAGCAUUUUAAGACAAAGCUCGGGAUGGACCCCCAAUAUUAUGUAUAGUUUGCUUCUUCAUCAUCUACCCUGUUGUCUUUUUUAA